GCACGCGGAGCAGCGGCACCGCGCAAGUGUCUAUUAUUAUUAUUAUUAUUAUUAUUAUUAUUAUUAUUAUUAUUAUUAUUAUUAUUACCAUCGCGCGCGCUGUUCCUUCAGACUGAGAGGUUUGGACGCAGAUUUAUGGAGAUUUUGUUUCGCUUUAAUUCUCUAGAAAUUGGAUUUCUUUUCUAAUUCUGCGACAUGAACUCCAGCAGCGGAUUAUCAGAGCAGCAGCUCACAGCUCUUUCUUCCCUCUACGUCUCCUGUCUGAGUUUCAGUUUAAUUGGAAGCUGCUCUGUUUUUAUCACAUCGACUGUAAAGAAAAAACAGCUGAAAGAACAGGCGAAGCCUCUGAUCCAGUUGGCCCUGGCGGACCUCUUGGCAUCUCUGUGUCUCACGCUCACUGCUCUGAUGAACUUCCUGUCGUUGGGGGUGGUGCGGGACAGUGAAGUGCUGUGCAGCGCAGGAUUAGCUCUGACCCUGACAUUUUACUGCAUCUCUUUCCUCCUCGUUGUUGUUUACGCCUGUGAGUCAGCAAACAGCAUUCAGGGAUGGCGGAACGAGGACGAGGGAGGAUUUACACAUCAGCGCACGUUCUCACACUCUCAGGACAGCAGGAGGACGAGGAGAAGGAGGAGGAUCAACCUGGUGUACGUUCUUGUGUGGUUGUUACCUGUAAUUGGAUAUGUGAUCUACAUCAGGACAGCAUCUUUUCCUUUCAUGUCUCUUAUUCCGUCACAUCCGAUCUCCAAUUCUGAUACAAAUGAUUGGCCUAAUGCUCGUUUCUGCAGCAGUUGUAUUUUGUUCCUCCACCUGCAUAUAGAUGAUACUGAAGUCUGUUCCACUUUGGAUUUAACACAUAUCAAGUACACCAAGAUUUUCACCUUCACAAGUGUGCUGUCUGUCCUCAUCUGCUGUACUCUGAUGUACUGGAGGCUGCAGGUCCGGUUGAGACGUUAUGAACGGGGCAGUGUGAGCAGAGCGGAGAAGAUCUGGUCCUCAGCCAGGUACAUGAUCCUCAUCAUUGUCUUCUGCUGGACUCCAGCUCUCGUGCUGAUCGGUUUAUCGUUCGUUUGCUCCGAGACGGACAGCUUGUUUCCUCUCUUCAUCGUCCAGGCUGUGUCAGUUUCUCUCCACGGUUUCCUCAACAGCAUUGUCUAUGCCUGGAGACGCCGUAAUUUCCGUGAAGCCGUGCUGGGAGACAGAACUCCUCUGCUGCUUUACACACACCAGGCCUUCUUCGAGCAGUCGCUGAGAAACGAUGCAGAGGAAACAGGAAGUGGACAGAAUUAAUAUCGGACAUUCUGAGACUAGUUAAAUUCAAGAAGAACAAAUAAAGUCACAACAGACAGAAGGAACACGUUUAAUGCCACUGAAGAGAUUUAAUCAGAACAAUGCUGCAGCGAUUGAUUGCGUAUGAACAUCGAUUUGAGCCUCGAGGUGUCAAAACUUAUUUCAAUAUUUAUUACAAAAAGUAAAUGUUAGUUGAAAUUGUGAAUAUUCGAGCUGAAGAUGUUAUAACUUACAGUGCAGCAGCAGAGUUAGUUAAAAAUGGAGGCAUGUCUCAGGUUUGUUUCUGAUCUUGUGAUUUGGAUAUUGAGCUUUUUGUGUAUCAGCUCAAGUGAGGAGCAGAAAUAAAGCAAAUGUUUAUGUGAAGAACUCAAACUUCAGACAUUUUACUAAUCUGGAUGUGGAGUUCAGAAACUGCUGCGUAACCCGACCCUGAUUACAGGGAACUUUCCCCUGUGUUACACUGAUGUAACACUGACGUAACACUGAUGUAACACUGAUGUAACACUGAUGUAAACACUGAUGUAAACACUGACGUAACACUGAUGUUACACUGAUGUAACACUGAUGUAAACACUGAUGUAAACACUGAUGUAACACUGAUGUAACACUGAUGUAAACACUGAUGUUACACUGAUGUUACACUGAUGUAAACACUGAUGUAAACACUGAUGUAAACACUGAUGUAACACUGAUGUAACACUGAUGUAAACACUGAUGUAAACACUGAUGUAACACUGAUGUUACACUGAUGUUACACUGAUGUUACACUGAUGUAAACACUGAUGUAAACACUGAUGUAACACUGAUGUAACACUGAUGUUACACUGAUGUAAACACUGAUGUUACACUGAUGUAAACACUGACGUUACACUGAUGUAAACACUGAUGUAACACUGAUGUAACACUGAUGUAACACUGAUGUAAACACUGAUGUAACACUGAUGUUACACUGAUGUAAACACUAAUGUAAACACUGAUGUUACACUGAUGUUACACUGAUGUAAACACUGAUGUUACACUGAUGUAACACUGAUGUAAACACUGAUGUAAACACUGAUGUAACACUGAUGUAACACUGAUGUUACACUGAUGUAAACACUGAUGUUACACUGAUGUAAACACUGAUGUUACACUGAUGUAACAUUGAUGUUACACUGAUGUAAACACUGAUGUAACACUGAUGUAACAGGUGAAUCUGAUUACUGACUCGGACUUGGAGGUGGAAACUGUGUGAGAAUUAAGUUUUUUAAUAAUAAUAACAGACUGAGUUUGUGUUUAAAUGUAGAAAUGAAGAACUUUUUUCUUUAUGUUAUUAUAUUUUUAUCUUUCAGCUGUCAGUUGUUUUAAUGUUUAUAAUAUAUUGAACAAAUAGCUUGAUAUUAAACUUUAACACAAUUGUUAAAAAAUAAAUAAAUAGCAUUUAAUAUGAAACAGUGAGGAUUGCAGUAAAUUCUAACAUUCAGAAAUGUGAACUUUUCUAAUUUAAUUGUUUUAUCUUAUUAUUUAUUGAAAGAAUGCAUGUUUUAUACCUUAAAAUGAAGAACACUGUGAAAUGAAGGCUUCCUGCAAUAAACUGAUACGAUUCCUUAUUUGUUCUUUUCCUU